AUGGGGAGAUAUAUAUGGAAAUACCUCCAGGUUUACGGAGACGGGGGGAGAAUAAAGUAUGUCGUCUCCACAAAUCCUUGUACGGACUCAAGCAAGCAUACGAGCGGUGGUAUGCGAAAUUUGCUUGAAUCACUAAUAGUUGCUGGUUUUCAACAAUCCAGAUUUGAUUAUGCUGCCUUCACAUGGACUCAAGGUACGUCAUCUAUCUACUUGAUGAUAUAUGUAGAUGACAUACUCAUUAUGGGGAAUGAUGAAAUAGCUAUCAAAGGCCUUAAAGGAUACUUGCAUUCUACUUUUCAUAUUAAAGACCUGGGAUCGCCAAAGUAUUUUCUUGGGAUUGAAAUUGCUCGAUCUAGCCAAGGAAUCUCUCUCAGUCAGAGAAAAUUUGCAUUGGAGAUCAUUUCAGAGGUAGGAUUAUCUGGGUGUAAGCCAGCUGUAGUGCCAAUUGAGCAGAAUGUCAAACUGACAACCGCUGAUUAUGAUGUUGAAGUACCUCAGGAGGCAGACCCUACUCUCAAGGAUCCCUUGGGCUAUCAGAAACUUGUCGGGAAGCUCAUAUAUUUAACUAUGACCAGACCAGACAUAAGUUAUGCUGUGCAGACACUUAGUCAGUUCAUGCAUAAGCCAAAACAGUCUCAUAUGAAUGCCACGCUAAAAGUCGUGAGGUACUUGAAGAAAUGUCCUGGUCUUGGGAUUCUUCUCUCUAGGAAGUGUGACAUGAGAAUGAUCGCAUACUGCGACGCAGACUAUGCAACUUGUCCUAUGAGCAGAAGAUCGAUAACUGGAUUUUGUAUCAAAUUGGGGGAUUCUUUACUUUCCUGGAGAACGAAGAAACAACCAACUGUCUCGUUGUCUUCGGCAGAGGCAGAAUAUCGAGCCAUGGCUAAAACCACAUGUGAAAUAGUGUGGUUGAGAGGGUUACUUCAGGAUCUUGGAGUGUAG